AUGCGGGUUGGAUCAGGGGCACUAAAAUCAGGGGGUGCCUUCAUCCUCUCGAGUUUAGCAGGUGAUGCCGUGUCCUGGAGGUCUCUGAGGCCCCAGGAAGCCGGCGGGUCCCCGGCGCGGGGAGCCGCCUCACCUGGCCUGGCCACCGCCCGCUCUCGCCUUCGCUCCGCGGCUGCUGCCGCGCGGACGGACGGACGGACGGACGGACGGGCUGACGGACCGGAGGAGGGAAAGGGGGAGGAGGGCGCCGCGCUGCGCUGGACCUCGGGCCGGGCCUCUCUCGCUGCCUCCUCUUCACGGCUGCCGAGUCCCCGAACUCCCCGGAGCCGCCAUCUUCUCCACUCAACGUCGCCAAUGCCGCCACCGCUAACGCCAGCGCCGCCGCCGCCGCCGCCGCCGCCGCCGCCACCGCCGCCGCCGCUCCGGCCCGGGGAAGACAGCGAAACCGCGCAUGCGUCAAGAGCCGCCCGGGGAAGGCCGGGCGGGCACGGCGCGGCGCGCGCGCGCACGCACGCACGUACGAAGGCACGAGGGCCAGGCGAGCCCGCCUCGCGUGGGGAGGCGGAGCUCCGAGGGAGACGUCAUGCGGAGAAGGGAAAAGGGAGGGAAGGGCAGGUCAGGAGGAGGGGAAGCUGGGCCUCAGACCUUCUUCCCGUCGUCCCUUGCCUUUGUUAUCGUUCUUUAUUUAGGAAGGAGAGAGACUGUCCUGGAGAAAUGGAGAGGAGAGCCAGCCUGGGAAAUCUGAAUCCCUAACUCGUUUGGGGUUCA